GCUCUGGUAGAGCUUAACUGCUCUAGUAGUCUUCUCUGACCUCCACUGAUGAACUGGCGGGACAGACAACUGGUGACCAUGGACUGGAGGCUCCACAGCCUGGUCAGAAAUGGUUUCAGGAAGUUUGGGGAGCGGCCUCAACCCAAACGCCUCACAAGGGAAGCAAUGCGGAACUAUUUAAAAGAGCGAGGCGAUCAGACCGUUCUCAUACUCCAUGCAAAAGUUGCACAGAAGUCUUAUGGCAAUGAGAAGAGGUUUUUUUGCCCUCCCCCUUGUGUCUAUCUCAUGGGUAGCGGAUGGAAGAAAAAGAAAGAACAGAUGGAGCGAGAUGGCUGCUCUGAGCAGGAGUCCCAGCCUUGUGCCUUCAUUGGCAUCGGGAACAGUGAGCAAGAGAUGCAGCAGCUGAACCUGGAAGGAAAGAACUAUUGCACUGCCAAAACCCUGUACAUAUCUGACUCUGACAAGAGAAAGCACUUCAUGUUAUCGGUAAAAAUGUUCUACGGGAAUAGUGACGACAUUGGUGUGUUCCUCAGCAAACGUAUCAAGGUCAUCUCGAAGCCAUCGAAAAAGAAGCAGUCACUGAAGAAUGCAGACUUAUGUAUUGCAUCAGGGACAAAAGUGGCACUGUUCAACCGCCUGCGAUCACAGACGGUCAGUACAAGAUAUUUGCACGUUGAAGGUGGAAAUUUCCAUGCCAGUUCGCAACAGUGGGGAGCGUUCUACAUCCAUCUUUUGGACGAUGAAGAAUCUGAAGGAGAGGAAUUCACAGUGCGUGAUGGUUACAUACAUUAUGGCCAGACAGUAAAACUUGUAUGUUCGGUUACGGGCAUGGCACUCCCUAGGCUGAUUAUCCGGAAGGUGGAUAAACAGACGGCCUUGUUAGAUGCAGAUGAUCCUGUUUCUCAGCUCCACAAAUGUGCAUUCUACCUGAAGGACACAGAGAGAAUGUACCUAUGCCUUUCUCAGGAACGAAUAAUCCAGUUUCAAGCCACUCCAUGCCCCAAAGAGCCAAACAAAGAGAUGAUAAAUGACGGUGCUUCAUGGACAAUUAUUAGCACGGAUAAGGCAGAAUACACGUUCUAUGAAGGCAUGGGGCCAGUACACGCACCCGUGACCCCUGUGCCUGUCGUAGAAAGUCUUCAGCUGAAUGGAGGUGGAGAUGUAGCAAUGUUGGAACUAACAGGUCAGAACUUCACGCCAAAUUUGCGAGUUUGGUUUGGGGAUGUGGAGGCAGAGACAAUGUAUAGGUGUGCAGAAAGUAUGUUGUGUGUCGUCCCUGACAUUUCCGCUUUCCGAGAGGGCUGGAGGUGGGUUCGCCAGCCAGUGCAGGUCCCGGUGACAUUGGUCCGGAACGAUGGCAUAAUAUAUUCCACCAGCCUUACUUUCACAUACACCCCAGAGCCUGGACCUCGGCCUCAUUGUAGUGCAGCUGGAGCGAUCCUGCGAGCCAACUCAAGCCUCCUGGCAGCCAGCGAUCCAAACACGAACAGCGAGGGAAGUUACACAAGCGUCAGCACAAAUUCUACCAAUGUCCCAUCAAAUGCAGCAGCCGUUGUGUUGUAACCACAGACUUAUUUAUUUUUUUUUACCUGGACUUCAGCUGACUUUAAGUUUUUACAUGGAAGGACAUGUAAAAUGAACUUUU